UGCGCCGUGCCCGGUCCUCUUCCUUUUCGGCGCCUUGCCCGCCCGCACGCAUCUACCGCCCCCCGUCCACAUCGGCCGCACCGGCGUUUGGCCCGGCGAGCUACCGGGCUGUUGCAGGCUGCGCAGGGAAUGCAAAGCAAAAGUACUGCUGGGCAACAUUCAGUUCAGGUAGUAGUAGAUUCAGAGGACACCCCACCCUACGCUCUUCUCGCGCGCCCCUCGUCUCCUAUAAUAUCUCCCUCCGCGGGUACGCUACACACCCUUUAUCUCCCUGUACACCGCUCCACCACUUGCUGCAGCUGCCGAGUGCUCUGCUACUCGGUGCUCACCCGGCCAGCCAUCCUCGGGCCGGGAUGGCAGGCGUGUCAGCGUUCAGCCCCUCGCCGCCGGCCCCGUCUCCGCUCGCCGCCGCCGACGUCGCCGCCGACGCGCUCCUCGCGCCUUGGCCCCUGUCGCCCUGGCCGGCGCCUCUGCGGCGCGGCGGUGACGACGGCCGCUCCAACCCUCUCUUCGCCAUACUGCCGCUCUCGGCGCUGGCCAUAGGGCUCGUGCUGCUCGUGGCCGUGGCGGUCAUCCUGGUGCUGACCCGCCGGGCGAAGCUCAGGCUGGUGGCCGCCGGGGACAGCGUGGACGGCGACAAGCCGGGCGCGCCGGCGUCCAGCUGCGGCAGCAGCGUCCGCGGCUACCAAAAUGGCAGGUGCUACGCCGCCACAGGGUGCAUAUACGGCGGGCGGCUGGGGCCGCUGGGGCUGGCGGUGGUGCAGCCGCGGAGCAGGGGGGCGCAGGUGUUCACGUACAGGGAGCUGGAGCGCGCCACGGACGGGUUCGGCGAGGGCAACGUGCUGGGUCGGGGCGCGUACGGCGUCGUCUUCCGCGGCCGCCUCGGCGACGGCACACCGGCCGCCGUCAAGCGCCUGCAGCUCGACCCCCGCCGCCAGGGCGAGCGCGAGUUCCGCGUCCAGGUGGACCUGCUGAGCCGGAUGCACUCGCCGCACCUGGUGGGCCUGCUGGGGUACUGCGCUGACCAGAGCCACCGGCUGCUGGUGUUCGAGUUCAUGCCCAACGGCAGCCUCAAGGGCCACCUGCACCCCGCCGCCGGCGUGGACGCGCGGCCGGCGCUGGACUGGCAGACGCGGCUGGGCAUCGCGCUGGACUGCGCCCGCGCGCUGGAGUUCCUCCACGAGCACACCUCCCCCGCCGUCAUCCACCGCGACUUCAACUGCAGCAACGUCCUCCUCGACCACAACUACCGCGCCCGCGUCUCCGACUUCGGCACCGCCAAGGUCGGCUCCAACAAGGCCAACGGCCAGGUCGUCACCCGCGUCCUCGGCACCACCGGCUACCUCGCGCCAGAGUACGCGUCGACGGGGAAGCUGACGACCAAGUCGGACGUGUACAGCUACGGGGUGGUGCUGCUGGAGCUGCUGACCGGCCGGGUGCCGGUGGACACGCAGCGGCCGCCGGGACAGCACGUCCUGGUUUCAUGGGCUCUUCCACGGCUGACGAACCGCGAGAGGCUCGUGCAGAUGGUGGACCCGGCCCUGAAAGGGCAGUUCGCCGUCAAGGACCUCAUCCAGGUGGCGGCGAUCGCGGCGAUGUGCAUCCAGACCAAGGCGGAGUACCGGCCGCUGAUGACGGACGUGGUGCAGUCGCUCAUCCCCAUCGUCAAGAAGAGCCCCGCCAUGUCCUGCUCCUCCACGCCGGCGAGGCCCCUGCAGCACGUCGUCUACAUGAGCCCAGCUGCUGGGAGCAACACGUCCUAGUACACGGCACGUACGUGCGACGGCGGGCUGGAUUUGUCAGCGAGCUGCGCUCACCGUGAACUGCACUGCACUGCACUGACGCGUCUGAACUGAAGAUGUCAGGAUUUCUUUUCAUGGGUUUGCCCGAGCUAGUGUCCUCCUGGCUGGCCUGCUAGGUGCUAGCUUUGCUCGAGAUGGUGCCAUGCUGUAUAGAGUACCACAGGCCCUUCACUUCUUCAAGACAUGCUGCAUUGCAAGCUAACCUUGCAGGGGCACUGCAUGCGUCGUGAUUAUAUGUGUUUGGUUUUUUUUUUUUUUGAGGUAAUGUGUUUGGUCGAUAAUACACGAUUGUUCUCUUGUAUAAAAUUCAUGUACCACAUUUAAUACGUAUAAAAAUGGCAGCUAAUUAUUAGUUUCCUUUUUUAGGA